AUGACAGCUCCCGAUAGCUUCAGAGACCUUGGUCUCGACAUCAUUGGCGUUGGCACGCAGUACCCGCCAUAUGCUCUGGAGGCCAAUUCCAUAGACUACCUCAGCGAGAGGUAUUAUCCAGAGUCGUCUGCGAUGAAGAAGAUCCUCUCCAUUAACCGCUUCACCGGCAUCGAGUAUCGUUCGUCGAUCGGCACACCCGAACACCCAAUUGUCAACAAGAAAGAUCCCCCAUCGAUAGCAGACCUGCAUGAGGUUUUCAUGAGCGACGGAGUCCCAUUGGCGGUCAGCGCAUCCCGAAAAGCCAUUGAAGAAGCUCAGAUCGACCUGACUGAGAUCACCCACGUCGUUGCGACCACGUGUACCGACAGCGCCAACCCCGGGUUCGACCAUUACGUGGUUAAGGGACUCGGACUGACACAGCAGGUUGAGAAGAUUCUUUUGCACGGAGUGGGCUGCAGCGGAGGUUUGGCGACACUGAGAACGGCGGCAAACUUGGCGCUGGGCCAUAAGUUCCGACGAAAGCCUGCGAGAAUCCUGUGUGUCGCGCUCGAGGUCAGCACGACUUUGGUGCGAAGCGAGCUCGAUAGCAUCAACGAGACGCAGGAGACGAGAAUCGGGGUUGCGCUGUUUUCGGAUUGUGCCAGCGCAGUGGUGCUCAGCAAUGGCAUCGGGGACCCGACGACGCCUGUGUACUCUUUGCUGGGCUGGGAGCACAAGAUUAUUCCGGAUACCGAAGGCGACUUGGGUUUUGAUGUUGAUCCCGUUGGAUGGAAGGUCGUGCUCUCGCCACGAGUCCCGAAACUCGCCUCCGGAGCAGUGCCGUCAACUUUUUCAGAAUUACUCGCCUCGGUCCCUUCCUUAGGGCCGAAAUACCAGAACGCUGAGGACUUCGACUGGGCGAUGCACCCCGGAGGAGCGACUAUCCUAACCGAGGCCGAGAAGUCGAUGAAGAUUUCGUCGUACCAUAUGCGGGCAAGCUAUGACACAUAUAUGAAGCACGGUAACUCGAGUUCGGCGACGAUAUUCAGCGUCAUGGACAGGCUCCGGUCAAAAGACAUGGACGCGCUGGCGCCGGAGGGCAGAGCACGCGACUACGUGGUGGGGUGUGCAUUCGGACCCGGCAUCUCGGUGGAGAUGUGCAUGCUGAAGCGGAAUCUGGGGGCUCGGGGCAUCACGGGUCUAGAGACGCCGCCAGAAACAGAAAGCGAAGGUAGCAGGAGCGAAGCUGGGGACGAUAGUGGAGCGCAGCUAGAGGGGCAGACGUCUUCGGGACGGGACGGGGACCAGACCUUCGUGGCGGAGGCACUGGAGAAUCUGGAGCUGGACUAA